AUGCUAGACAAAAACGAUAUAGUGCAAUACGAAUGCAUACAGGACAAGGGCCCGCUCCGCAAAUUUGAAAGAACCGCGUAUCCUCGCCUGAUCACAUACUCGUGCCCAAAUAACAUCCAUGUGCUGAUCACUAAAGACAAGAACUACGAGUUUUUGAAACGGAGUGGCCUGGUCCGGAAGAACGAACCUUUUCUGCGAGUUUCAGGUGAGGAGGUAUCCCUUCCGUUCAGCUUUAAAUUUGUUGAGGCAUGUGAUGACACGCCGUAUUUGGCUAUUAUCACAAGGCUGAAGGACAGGAAACAUUAA